AUGAACAUCAGCUCUGUGCUUAUGGGAAGUUUUUUGAUAAGUGAGUUAUCUGAUAAGAUGUAUAUUUCUCGCAAAGAGGAGUUAAGGCCAUAUCUUGAGCAUUGCAAGACGGAGUAUGAGUUUAUUCCGAAAAUAGACGACUACAAUCUUGAGAAGCUGUUGGUGGUAUUCAGGCAUGGCGCAAGAGCGCCUUUGAAAAAUAUCUCUGCACCAUGGAAGGAUCACAGUUGUGUAGCAUGUGAGACUGAACAAGGAGCGAUAUCAAACUGCAAGACAAAGAAGUGUUCAGAAGAUGGCGAAUUGACAGAAAGAGGGUUUCUUCAGAUGACUGAUCUUGGAAGGUUUAUAAAGAAAACAUACAAGCGCUUCUUAGUGGAUAAAGAAAUUGAACUUGAACACAUAAAGGCAAGAGCAACGAAGAUCCCUAGAACGCAGUCAUCUCUUGCUGGAGUCAUUAAAGGUCUUACUGGAAGUAAACAAGUUAGUAAUGUGUAUAUACCUGAUUCAGAUGAUUCAUUGAUGAACAAGUUUGGAUGUGUGACACCUGAUGAGAAAACUGAGGCCAAAAAGCUGUUCCAAAAGACAAGCAUACUUCUAGACAAUGAAAAAUAUGUAUAUCAUCCAAAACCACAGUACAGAGCUGAUAAUUACUAUGCGAGCCUCUGUAGUGGUGUGGAGCUGGAUUGUAAAGAACUGAAUUGUAACAUCAACAGUGUAGUGGAUCACAUGGAUGCUGCAAACAAAGUAUGGGAAAGAAUGGCAGUCUCUGGAUCGAAAGAUAAGGCAAGCAGACAAGCGGUGUUCAAGGACUUUGCAAAGGAUUUAUUAUCUGAUAUUGAUGAGAAAAAGUAUAUUGUGCUUUACUCAGCUCAUGACUCUUCUUUAGGAUCGAUCAUGUCAGGAUUAGACACAGGCAUAUCGAAAUGGCCAUCGUAUGCAUCUGCACUGUUUAUUGAGCUAUGGUGCAACAUGGGCGAGCAGUAUAUAAGAAUGGUACUCAACAACAAGGUGAUCAAGCCAAGAACAUUUGCCGAUGAUUACAUUCCCAUAAAUGAGUUCAUAAGCUUUCUUAAUGACAUUUCAUCCAUAGGCAAAAAACAAGGACCUGAAAACCCAAAUACAGGCAACAAAACACACAAUAUCAUAAAACACAAGACUAUUUGA